CAUACCAGCGUGUCGGCCAACUCAACAUAAGCCUAUGUUUUUGGCAAAAGAGUCAACAUUAUCACGUUUAUUAUUUGUGUUUUUGGUCCUUCGAAAAUAUGGUAUAAAACAAGGCAAACACUAUUUUCGUUCAUUCUGAGGGAGGAACUCUGAAUUAAAAGCUGCGUUGUGUAAUUCAGAUUUCAGAAGACGUUGUUAGGGUUUGGUGUGGGGAAAAUGGAAGGUGUCGACCACUUGGCUUUCGAGAGGAAUAAGGCUCAGUUCGAUGUGGACGAGAUGAAGAUCGUUUGGGCUGGUUCUCGUGAAGACUUUGAGCUUUCUGACCGUAUUUCUCGCCUUGUUGCUAGUGAUCCGGUGUUCAGAAAGGAUGACAGAGCUGCGCUUGGUAGAAAGGAAUUAUUUAAGAACACUUUGAGGAAAGCAGCUCAUGCAUGGAAAAGGGUAAUCGAGCUCCGUCUCAGUGAACCGGAAGCUUAUAAGCUCAGAGCUUUUGUGGAUCAACCUGCAUUUACGGAUCUUCAUUGGGGAAUGUUUGUUCCUGCCAUCCAAGGACAGGGCACUGAUGAGCAGCAGCAGAAGUGGUUACCUCUAGCUUAUAGAAUGCAAAUAAUUGGUUGCUAUGCCCAAACUGAACUUGGUCAUGGAUCCAAUGUUCAAGGGCUAGAAACGACUGCAACAUUUGAUCCCAAAACAGACGAGUUUGUUAUCCAUAGCCCCACAUUGACUUCUAGCAAAUGGUGGCCUGGUGGGUUGGGUAAAGUAUCCACUCAUGCUGUUGUUUAUGCCCGUCUAAUUAUUGAUGGUCAAGACUAUGGAGUGCAUGGUUUCAUUGUGCAGCUGCGGAGCUUGGAUGAUCAUUUACCUCUUCCAGGCAUUACUGUUGGUGAUAUUGGCAUGAAAUUUGGAAAUGCAGCUUAUAACACCAUGGACAACGGAGUACUGACAUUUGACCAUGUACGAAUUCCAAGGAAUCAAAUGUUAAUGAGGGUUUCACAGGUUACCAGAGAAGGAAAAUAUGUACACUCCAAUGUUCCAAGACAACUAGUUUAUGGCACCAUGGUAAAUGUGAGACAAAAAAUUGUAGCUGAUGCAUCGAUUGCUUUGUCUCGAGCAGUUUGCAUUGCUACAAGAUAUAGUGCUGUUCGAAGACAGUUUGGGUCCCAUAAUGGAGGUCUAGAAACACAGGUGAUUGAUUACAAAACACAGCAGUCUAGGCUCUUCCCUUUGCUGGCUUCUGCUUAUGCUUUCAGAUUUGUUGGUGAGUGGCUGCUAUGGCUUUAUACGGACGUGACAGAAAGAUUGAAAGCUAAUGAUUUUUCAACAUUGCCUGAGGCUCAUGCAUGCACUGCUGGAUUGAAAUCCUUGACUACUACCGCCACUGCUGAUGGAAUUGAAGAAUGCCGAAAAUUAUGCGGUGGUCAUGGUUAUCUUUGUAGCAGUGGUCUCCCUGAGUUAUUUGCUGUUUAUGUUCCUGCUUGCACUUAUGAAGGUGACAAUAUUGUGCUGCUUUUACAGGUGGCAAGGCAUCUCAUGAAGACGGUUUCUCAGCUGAGCACUGGAAAUAAGCCUGUUGGUACUACAGCUUAUAUGGCUCGACUGGAACAACUGUUGCAAUACCGCUCUGAUGUUAAAAAGGCUGAGGAUUGGUUGAAGCCUAAUGUUGUGUUGGAAGCAUUUGAAGCUAGGGCUGCUAGGAUGUCUGUUGCCUGUGCUCAAAAUCUUAGCAAGUUCUCUAAUCCUGAAGAGGGUUUUCAAGAACUCGCAGCUGAUUUAGUUGAGGCAGCUGUUGCUCAUUGCCAGCUAAUUGUUGUUUCCAAAUUUAUUGACAAGUUGCGGCAAGAUAUACCUGGAAAGGGAGUGAAACAUAUAUUAGAAGUUCUCUGCAGCGUCUAUGCUUUGUCUCUACUUCAUAAGCAUCUUGGUGAUUUUAUUUCCACUGGCUGCAUUGACCCAAAACAAGGAUCACUUGCCAAUGAGCAGCUAAGAAACUUGUAUUCACAGGUUCGUCCUAAUGCUGUUGCACUUGUCGAUGCAUAUAAUUACACUGAUCACUACCUUGGUUCCAUUCUUGGACGUUACGAUGGAAAUGUGUAUCCGAAGUUGUACGAGGAAGCAUGGAAGGAUCCUUUGAAUGAUUCAAUUGUUCCUGAUGGCUUUAAAGAGUAUAUUCAACCCUUGCUUAAGCAACAACUACGCAAUGCUAGACUGUAAGAAAUUUAUCCUUAACGCCAUAAAUAAGGUCAGUGAAGUUCUGCGGAACGAUAAAUAAAAUUGGGCGUUCAUACGUACAAAUGAAAACAAUUUUUCAUUUGUUAGCAAGCUUGUUUUCAUCGCAGUUAGGUGCAUCUCGAACUGCAAAAACUUAUUUAUUACAUUAAUCAUACUUAAGUCUAAAAUUU